AUGUCAGACGACAAGAGGAUCACUGAACCGUUGGUUGAUGAGCCGCCUCGGCCGACUUACACCAAUCUUCAUGGGGACGUGGAUUCUCUACCAAAUAAAGACGGCGUACGGACAGAAACCCAUUCCCGAGACUCCUCAGCGGAUGCGGACAACCCUUUUGCCGAUCCAGAGGUUGCUGCGAGAUAUGCUCUUCUGUACGAGAAGGCACAGUAUGAAUGUCGGCAUGUUUUUGAUCCUACGAUGACUUGGACGCCGGAGGAGGAGAAAGCGCUGGUUCGUAAGUUGGAUUGGCAUGUGUGCUUGUGGGCAUGUGUGAUGUUCUUCGGCCUCCAGGUCGAUCGAGGAAAUUUGGUCCAAGCGGUCUCAGACAAUCUGUUGGAUGACCUUAACUUGUCUACGAAUGAGUACAACACGGGAAACAUUAUUUUCUACGUAUCGUUUCUUCUGGCCGAGCUGCCUUCACAGUUGGUCUCGAAGCAAAUUGGCCCUGAUCGCUGGAUUCCGAUGCAAAUUUCAUUAUGGUCAAUUGUCGCCACUACGCAAGCCGGUUUGUCUGGAAGGGCCUCUUUCUACACAACGAGGGCGUUGUUGGGCAUUCUCGAGGGUGGAUUUAUCCCAGAUAUUGUACUAUGGCUGUCUUACUUUUACACAAGCAGAGAGCUUCCGACUCGCCUAAGUAUAUUCUGGACUGCCCUAUCUGUGACUACUAUUGUUACCUCCUUCAUGGCCUUCGGACUUCUCCACAUGCGAGGUGUUCUUGGCUGGGCAGGGUGGAGAUGGCUCUUCUUGAUCGAGGGACUCAUCACCCUCAUCAUCGGCUUGGUAUCGUUCUUCAGAAUGCCCGCUUCCGCAGUAGAAACGAAGAAAUGGUUCCGACCUAAAGGGUGGUUCACCGAUCGCGAAGUCCGGAUCGUCGUCAACAGAGUUCUACGAGAUGACCCAUCGAAAGGCGACAUGCACAACCGACAAGCCAUCACCCCACGGCGUCUCUGGAACGCUCUGCGCGAUUACGACCUGUGGCCCAUCUACCUGCUCGGCAUGGUCGUAUACACGCCUAUGGUCCCAGUGACUCAGUAUAUCACUCUUACUCUGAGAGGACUUGGCUUCAACACAUUCGUCACCAACCUCCUCACGAUCCCUCAUAGCGUCGGCCACAUUAUCCUACUCCUCACCCUGACUCGCGUAAGCGAGUGGCUAAACGAACGAGCCCUCACAUCCAUGGCCCAAAGUCUCUGGACUCUGCCCUGCGUCGCGGCAUUACGAUUCUGGCCUCAGAUGAUGGAAAACGCUUGGGGAACGUACGCCGUGGUAGUAGUCAUGCUGUCUUACCCAUAUUGUCACGCGAUCCUGGUAGGUUGGAUAUCUAAGAACUCGAAUAAUGUGGGAACGCGGACUGUUUCUGCAGCUAUCUACAACAUGUGCGUGCAACUCGGCAACAUCAUCGGAAAUAAUGUUUACCGGGAAGACGACAAGCCGAAAUACCGAAGGGGAAAUAGCGUCUUGCUAGGCUUGAACGUCUUGGCUAUUUGUCUGUUCCUGGGAACAAAGGCGUACUAUGUCCUGCGGAAUAAGCACCGCGAUCGCGUGUGGGCUGCGAUGACGGAGGAGCAACAACAAGACUACAUACAUAAUACGAAGGAUACAGGAAGCAAGCGGCUGGACUUUCGGUUUGCUCACUGA